AUGUAUCCGAGAUAAAUAAAAAAAUAAGACAAGCCAAAGCAAUCCUCCACUAUCUCAGAUUUCAUUCUGAAUAAAUUAAUAAGGGAAUUCAGCACCAAACCAAUAGAUACCGAACUAAUUCAAUGUUAUGUCCAUGAUUACAGUACUAAAUACACCUCCUUUAGUGAAAGUUGCGUAAGGGCUUUGAAAGCUGAGAUAAAAGAAGCAGUCAAGAAAUCACAACUAGAAAAAGAAGCGAUAAUAAAAUCCUUAAAAUAGCCAUCUAAUACUCAAUAGUUACAAAAUAAGGAAGAUAACUAAAACAACGAAAAUAACUCUAAAUAGAAUACAAAAGCCAUUACUUAAGGAGAGGAGCAAUAAAAAUGUUAAAGCAAGAAAAACCCUGUAGAAAUUCCAAGAUUAGACUCAUUAACAUCUGAAAAUAAAUAGAAAUCUGUUUAUCAAUUGGAGGAUGAUGAAUUAGACGAAUGGGCAGCUAUCAUUAAACAUGAUUCAGCCUUGUAUUAGAAAGAACAAGAAGAGAAAAAAAGGAGAGAAUAACAAUUGAGACACAAAUUAAAAGAUGACUUAGAUAGACAAUUAAAAGAGAAGGAGUAGAUAAAAAAAGAAGAAGCCUUGAAAGAAGCUUAAUUUAAUUAUUAACAUCAAUAAAGGAAAUAGGAAUUUGAAUAAUAUGAAAAAUAGAAAAAAGAAUAGAUGAAGCUUAAACAAAUAGAAGAAAGGAAAUUAAGAGAUGAGUAAGUGCAAUAAGAGAAGCAUAAAAGGAGGGAAAGUUAGAAGCAAUCAAAAUUGUAAGAUGAUGAGAUGCUCUAGUAGCUAAAAAAUGAAAUAAGUAGAGAAUCUUAAGAAUUAAAUAAAAAGAGAUAGGAAUAAAAGGAUAAAUUUUAAUAGAUAUUGAAGGAGAAUGAAUAGUUGCGUCAUAAGGCAUAAGAGGAACUGAAACUGUAAAAGGAAAUAGAUACUAAAUUGUAAUAAUAAUAAUUAUAGAAAAUGAUAUAAGAUGACGAAAGAAGAGAAUAAUAAAAGAGGGAUAGGGACGAUAAAAUCAAAUAAUUCAUGAGUAAUUACAGUCAUUAGGUGUUGAGUAAAUAAAAGGAAAAUGAAGAGAAUGAAGGAAAGUAUAUGUUGGAGUAAUUAAAAAAAUAAGAAGAAUAAGAUAAACAACAAUAGUAAUAUAAGAAAUUAAAGGAAAAAGAGAAAAUGGAAUUAGUGAAACAAUAAUUGUAAUUGCAAAUUUAACAGAAAUAACAGAAAAAAUUAUCAGAAGAGGAAGAAUAAAAGUUGCUAUUACUCAAACAACAAUUAGAUCUCAUGAAUCACUCUUAAAAAGAAAAAGAAAAAUAACUUGUAACUUAUUGUAGUUUAUUUUAGUCUAUCAAAAAUAAUUAUAAAUAAAACUAAGAGGAUAUUAAGAAAUAAAUUGAAGAAAGUAAAAAUAAGAGUGCUCAUGAAAAAAUGUCUAAUAUGGAACUAUUACAUAAUAAAUCUUUAUUGAAGAAUAUUGCAUAAGAAUAGGCUGUGAAGACCAAGUUUAGAAAGGUGAAUGUGUCAAUGAAAUGA